AUGGUUACUUCAUGGAUUCUGAACUCCUUGGCAAAGGACAUUGCACACAGUGUUGAGUAUGUGAAUAAUUCUGUCAAAUUGUGGAAGGAAUUGGAAGAUCGAUAUGAUCAAACAAAUGGAACUAAGUUGUAUCAAAUCCAGAAAGAGAUUAACGAUUUGAGUCAGGGAGUGCUUGACAUCACGGGUUACUACACAAAUAUGAAGAAACUCUGGGAAGAGUUGAAUAUACUAAGUGUUAAAACUCACUGUAGUUGUGCGUGCCCUUGUAGAGCAAAGGAAAGCAUGCACAAGGCAGUGCAGGAUAGAAGACUCAUACAAUUUCUUAACGAGGUUUACACAGUUGUUUGGGGAAGCAUUCGCAUGAUGAACCCAUUGUCUUCCAUGGCACAUGCAUUUGCUUUGCUGAUACAAGAGGAGAAGCAGAGAGAAUUCAAACCCAGAAAUCAAUUAAACUUUGAUUCUGCUGCGUUGAAUGUCAAUAUAGGAGGAAGAACCUUUAAGACAAAUUACUCACCUGAUGGGAAUCAGACUUCAAACAGCAGGCCUAGGCCAUUUUGUGACCACUGCAAAUGA